UCCAAAAAUAAAUUAUUAAAGAUUGAACUCUGCUCAAUUCUUAUCCAUUUAGGUCUUGUAUUUAAGCUAUAGCCCUUCCUAUCACAUCCCACAACAACAUCCAAGAUUUACUCAGACAAACAAACAUCCAAACACACAAACAGAGGGACAGAGAGAGAUGGAUUUUGAAUAUUUUGGGCAUCCACAUCCCAUGGUCUUGGUUGAAGAUCACAAUGCUGCUGCUAAUGAGGAUCAAAAUUGCAUAGGAUGCACAAAGCCAAUAUUGGGUAUAGAUCCAAUCUACAGUUGCAAUGAGUGUUCAUUAUUUCUCCACAAAUCUUGUGCAGAACUACCCAAAGAAACUAACCACCCUGCCCACCCACAACACCCUUUGUCCCUCCUCUUUGAGCCUGACCUCACACAAAAAUGCGAUUCUUGCUUCGAAAAUUGGGGCAAUUUACUCUACUACUGUUCUCUCUGCGAGUUCAAACUUGACGUUCACUGCGCUACAUUGCCAAACACCAUUGAACACAUCGGUCACAACCACCCUCUAACUCUCCAAUUGAAGCAAGCAUCGUUCUCUUGCGAUGCCUGUGGCAAACCACAUAAUUAUGCGGGCAUUUCCUACCAAUGCACCACAUGCUACUAUUGGGUGCACCACGAGUGUGUUUCAUUGCCGAACAGUGUCGCACAUAGCUCUCACAACCACCCUCUUACUCUGUCUAAUGCUUUUCAGUUAGAAUUUUCCAAGUUCAAGCUCUACUGUGAUAUCUGCUCUGAGGUGGUGAACCAAAAGAAUUGUGUUUAUAGUUGUGCAGGAUGCAGAUAUGUUGCCCAUGUUAAUUGCACCAAAGAAGAAGAAAUUGAUGAAGACGAAAAAAAUGAAGGCGAUGAACCUGAACCAUCCGAUCCAGUCUGGUUACCCAUGGCCGAUUCAUCAGUAAAUCUAGCAAACCAUCUUUUACAACAACUCAGCCGUACAGACAACAGCAAACCAACUGCGCUCGAGCAGAUCUAUCACGAUCACCCAUUAACCCUCUUCGAGGUCUACUCUGGGAGAAACAGAGAACAAAUCUCGAACGAAUUAAAGAACACUGAAAUGUGCAAUUCAUGCCUCGAACUCAUCUCAGCUCCUUACUAUGGUUGCUCUGAGUCCGACUGUGACUUCCUUCUCCACAAAUACUGUGCUGAUCUGCCAAGCAAAAUACAACAUCCACUUCACCCAAAACACACCCUCAAUCUCCUCACUAGCUGCUGUAUCUCCUGCAACGCCUGCGAUACUCUCUGCAACACAUUCGCUUACCAGUGCGGCGAAUGCUACAACUUUAACAUUGAUGUCAAGUGUGCUUCGUUUCCACUCACAAUCCAGCACGAUGCGCAUGAGCAUGUCCUGGCUCUGGAUAAAGACCCAGGACGUGCUCGUUGCAAUGCGUGUCAAAAAGAAUUUGGAGGGUAUGCACUCCGAUGCAGUAGCAGACACUGCAAUUUCAGGUACUGUUGUAAGAUUUGUGAGAAGGAAAUGAACCCAAAACAUUGGUUCUAUUGUUGCGCGGAUUGUGAAGUUGGUUUGCAUCCCGAUUGCAUUUGUGGCCUUGCUGAGCACCUAAAUUUCAAGUUUGAGGCUAAGAACCAUAGCGAUCAUCCUCACCCUCUGAGUUUUGUGAGGAAGUCGAAGGACAAUCCACCUCCGUGUGAUAACUGCGGCAAUCCAUGCGAUGACCUUGCCUUUCAAUGCGAGGAGUGUAAUUACAACCUCGACUUCAGCUGUGCAUCCAGGUUUGGGUAAUGUCAAGCAGUAUUGGGAUACGUAUCAGUAUCGGCAAUACAGUCAUAUAUACCAUAUAAGCUGAAUUUUAAAACUCUGGAAAUGUGUGCAAGUUUUUAAAUUAAUUUACAGUAUGUUUUGAGUGUUUAUUGUUUGUAAAUUUGUUGGGAUCUUUCUCCCAUUUUUGGUGUUUUGAAUUUGUUGUAUUUUAUUCUUUACUGUAAGUGCAAUUUGUUGUACUUUUUAUCAUCAUUGUAAGAGUGAUUCAUUGCCUUCAUUGUAUUGUGUGAUGCAAUGUAUUGGUAAAAAUAAAUGUAUUUUAAUCAGUUCA